AUGGAUUAAUAGGAAAAGGAGUUGCGGGAGUUUACUUUGGUUCUUUUGUGUGCUUCUCAGUCAGGAAAAACAUAGUUCAAUUGAAAGGACUUAUCACGUACCUGGUUGGCACGCUGACUUAUUUAUGUGAAAAGAGCAUUACAUCUGGAAAAGCUGCCUGCUCAGUUGGACUUGUCUUUCCAAACACACCUCAAGAAUUGCAUUUUACAUUAAUUUGUUAUUGGCUGCUGUGCUGUUGAUGUGUGUCCAGGUACAGAUCCCGCCCCACAACCAGCAGGUCUCGACAGCAAACUCUUGGCAAGUGAAUCAUCAGAUUAAGUUAUUAAUAGGAAACUUGAAAGAGGGAGGAGAAAGGAAGAGUCACUUUGGUUUGUACUGACUGAAAGUUUCACUGCAACAAUCAAGUAUUCGCAAGAGGCAUGAGCCCGGCACCUGUCAGAGGAGCAGUGCAGUCUGAUAUCUGCAAGUGUGUUUGUCCUCCAGUACAAAGCUGACAGUGCCACCCCUUCCACACAUAGGCUUCCACACAAGGUAGUUUGGAUUGUCGCUUCUGAAGCCUGAGGAAAGAAGAGAGCGAGACAGCAUCUGCACACGUGUGGGGGGGGGGGGGGGGUGGGGAUGAAAAUGGACGUGGAAGAUGUGGACAUGACCCAGUGGACAGAGGCUGAAUUUGAAGAGAACUGCACCUACAUUGUAAAUGACCAGUCCUGGGAGCCCACGACUGACAGUGAUCUAACACAUGCUCAAGCAUCCCUGCCCCGAAACCUGAAGUUCAAGUAUGCAUGUCACUCAAAUGAGGUGCUGGGAGUAAUGAGCGCAGAAUACAUUCCCAAAGGGACACGCUUUGGACCACUGGUGGGUGAGAUCUACACCAUUGAGACCGUCCCCAAAAAUGCAAACCGAAAAUACUUUUGGAGGGUGUACUCCAAUGGUAACUUACAUCACUUUGUCGACGGGUUUGAUGAGAGCAAAAGUAACUGGAUGCGAUAUGUGAAUCCAGCCCAUUGGAAGCAGGAGCAGUGCCUGGCAGCUUGUCAGAAUGGGAUGGACAUCUACUUCUACACAGUGAAGCCCAUCCCGGCCAACGAAGAGUUACUAGUCUGGUACAGCAGCGAGUUUGCAGAACGCCUUAAAAUCCCAGCCUCUCGGGAUCUUCAGAUGACUAAGCUAAAGUGCAUUGACCUGCCUCGAAGGGAGGAACUUCAGGGAAAAUGGCAGCACAGAUCAGGAGAUCAGCCUGAUGCUUCUGCUACAGAACAAAGACCAAAGGAAAAAAGAUAUGAGAGUGACCUGGGUGACAGAGUGAAGAGUGACAAUAUGAUGCACAAAAGGCAAAGUGGUGAGGGAAACAUGGUGAAGGAAAAGAACCAAGUACAGGCUAUCCAACCGCUGAUGGCUCUGGAUAAAGAAAUGCAGGACAUCAACAAAAAGCAUAGCCCAGAACGAACCUUCUUCCCUCGUGUUGUGUACCCAGUCAGACCUCACGUUCCAGAUGACUACUUGAAACCUAGUCCUGUUUUUGGGAUCGAGAGGCAUGGUUAUGUCAAACACUCUCCGAUCCAGUCUUCACUUACCUCCAGUCCAUCAUCUAGAAGCAGCCCAGACCAAAGUUUGAAAAGCUCAACGCCACACAGCAGUCCAGAUUCUCACAUUUCCCCUUUGACACCUUCGACUCAGGAACACAGACAGGCCUUUCCUUACUUGAGCGGACCUUACAACCGAGAAGGAUUGAGUUCCUUCACAGCCUACACUCCUCCUGGCCAUUUGCCUUCAGCCUUCUUGCAUUCCUAUAAUCCAGUAAACACUCAAUAUUCCAGGUUCUUGUUACCUCAUUACCCAGUUGGCUGUAAUGGCUUGAAUGGCUUCCCAGGCAUCAAUGGUGUGAACAGCUUCAGCCUUCUUCCCAAAAUGUACCCCUUGUACGGCGGUCUUUUGGGAAACGGAGGCCUGUCCCAGCACCUGUUCAACCAGACGGUCCUUCCCAGUGCGUUACACCCUGAAGGAACCCGAAGACUUCUGCUUCCUGAGCAGCAGAAAGACUUUCUCAUACCAGCGCGGAACAGUGCCUUUUCAAUUGCAGGCUCUGCUGCCAGUUUGAAAGACAGGCCUUCAAGCCCCUGCAACGGUUCCCCGACAGCUGGUACAGCUGCCUCCUAUUCCGAACAUUUAAUGCAACCCAAACCUACCUCAGCUGGCUUGGUCAGCAGCACCAGCAGCAGCAGUGAAGAAGCCAUGAAUCUUAUUAAACCAAAGCGAAGUCUUACCGGUUACAAAACACUCCCAUAUCCUCUAAAGAAGCAGAAUGGGAAGAUCAAGUAUGAGUGCAAUGUCUGCUACAAGACCUUUGGACAGCUAUCAAAUCUCAAGGUCCACUUGAGAGUCCAUAGUGGGGAAAGACCAUUUAAGUGUCAGACCUGCAAUAAAGGUUUCACACAGCUGGCACACCUACAGAAGCACUAUCUAGUUCAUACUGGAGAAAAGCCACAUGAAUGUCAGGUUUGCCACAAACGUUUCAGCAGCACCAGCAACCUGAAGACCCACCUACGGUUACACUCGGGUGAGAAACCUUACCAGUGCAAGCUGUGCCCGGCAAAAUUCACACAGUUUGUUCAUCUCAAGCUGCACAAACGCCUGCACACCAGGGAGCGUCCUCACAAAUGCCUGCAGUGCCACAAGACCUACAUUCACCAUUGCAGCCUGAAGGCACACCUCAAAGGAAACUGCCCCGUCGCCCCGGGUGCUGGGCGGUCUCUGGAGGACCUGAACCGCCUGAACGAGGAGAUCAACAAGUUUGACAUAAGUGACAGUGCGGACAAGCUCGAUGACUUGGGGCACAGUGAUGAGGUAGAGUCGGCGAUCGAGAAACAGAUCUUCAGCAUGCUCAGGAGGGAGGUACAAGAAGCCAGUCUAAAGAACCCUUUUCAAAGGAACCUGGGCAACAACCUCCUCUCCUCUGGCUGCAACCUGUACGAGAACUUGGAGACUCCAGUCCUGAACAUGUCUCAUGGUAGCCCUCUACCUCUCGUGCCCAUAAAAGUCAAGCAAGAAACAGUUGAACACAUCGAUCCUUGCAACUAGAGAGAUGCAACGUGUCUCUGACCUAAGGAGAUGAGGUGCCUGUAGCAUUUGAAUGUACAUAGAUAUAUCUGCAGGUGUUGCAGGAUAGACUUGACUGAUUUUCCAUCAGAGCUGAUCCCAAACCCAAUUCCCAUCCCUCCGACCACCCCAAGUCAGCGCAUCUCUCAAUUCAACUCAGGGCAUCUUAAAGAAAGUAUUUGGCAGAGCUAUGACAAGCCUAUUAAAAGAAAAACCUUAAAAGACAAUCAUUUUAAGCAGAAUUAUUUUUUCAGGAAUAUUCAAAUAAUUUAUUACACAAUUUACUUUGUUAAGCAAUACCUAAAAAUGAUGUUUACAAUGACCGAGUUAAUCAUUGUAAUCCAAUAAUGAAAUGUUUUAUUUUUAUCUUCUCUGUUGCCAUUCUUUGUAGAUACUUUAAACUGCAUUUUUAUUCUUAAAACGUUUAACAACAUCAUAAUGGAGAAGGAGAAAGACCCGUCACUUACAUUGGAGCAUUCUAAAAUGGUUUUGCAAAAUACUGUUGCAAUAUGGUGUAUUGCCAAAGCAGGAAGUUUAACUCGUGUCCUGUUGUAACCUUUUAUCUCACUCGACUCAUAUUUUCUCUUUUCCUUCACUCCAUCUAUCCCUUCUCUCCUUCCACCCCUCUUUCUGUUCCUCCUCCCUCCCAUCUUUCUCUCUACCCUCUCCAUCUCUCUCUUUCAUUCUUCCCAUAUCUUGUUCCUCAGUUAUCUCUGUUUUCACUGAAUUGUGGAUGAGAUUGUAAAGCUGAACAACAGCUACCUCAUUGUGUGUCCAGUGGUUCAGGGAUCGAACAGAAAGUAAACUGGAUAGAUUUGUUAUUUCUUGCUUACUGGUAAUGUAGCAGCAAUAAUUGUAUUUUUUUUUAACCUCCCCCCCAAAAAAAAACUCUAAA